AUGAACAAGACCGCGUCUCUCGAGCCCGCGCAUACAACUUCCGAGGCCAUCGACUCCCAACGCGAUGAACAAACCGCGCUCCCCGCUCAAUAUGAUACCGACCCGCCCUCAUCGCCGCUUGAAUCCCUCGGAUCCGACGAGUUCAGGGAUCAACUAACGCCCAACGGCAACGACUUCAUCGGCUUUGGCCUGCGCUCUCCGACACCACCACCACCACCACCACGAUCAUCCUCCUCGUCCCCAUCACCCCCGCCUCCCGACUCUGCCAACGAAGAUGAAGAUGGACGUCCCUCGAAACGUCGUCGCGUCUCGACGCCCCCCGCGCCUGGCUCCGGCCAGAAAAAGAAGUACAUUUCUCCACCGUGGAAGAAGGUCGCGGCCGACGGCCCGACGACCUUCAUCGACAACGGUAGACGGAAGUCUGGUCGCAUCAACACGAUUCCCCUCGAGCUCCAUCCACCAUCUGGCAAGCGGAUUACACGCGGGGCUUUGCACAGCAGUCCUCCAUCGAAGAACAAGUAUGCUUCAACCAACGGUCAUGCGACGACACCUAUAACAAACGGGACAUCAAAGACUCCCUCGCGGAAGCCGUUAGCGACUAAACCCGCACCGCCCCCCUCAGCCCGAGCCUCCGGUCGAAGGUCAACUGCGAACGAGACGAAGCCAACACCACGGUCAACGCGCAAAUCAUCGCCUUCCCCGCAUACACAACCAACGAGGCAAUCUACACGAACAAGGAGGGGCCGCCGUGGGUCCGUUGAUGAUACCACAGCGACAACAUCCCCUGGUAGCCCGAAUCACACUCGAAUUAAGCUGCGUGUCCGCAUGACCGACCUUCCCGUCGUUCAUCCCGGGCAGGUUGGCAAGCGGGAAAGGAUUGGGCCUACUUUCGAAGAAUACUGGGAAAAGGCACAGACAAUACCUGUCGAGGAAGGUGGCGUUUUUGUACCUGAAGAUGGCCCAAGCUACACCGACGAGAUGGCUCAAAGGGAUGCCCAGGUCAUAUUGCGCGUUGAGCAUGCUGUUGAGCCCGGCGGCAUUCUCUCACAGGAGCGUUGCUCCCUGUUCGUACCCGAGGCCGAAGAAGAGCCCCCCCGGCAGUGGGCUCAUGCAGACCAUAUGGUUAAGGCUAUGGCCAACUUCCGAAAGCUAAUGGUCGCAGAACAGCAGAGGCACCGAGCCCAGGCAAAGAAGAUAGCCGAAGCUUGUAGGGAUGCCUGGCUUCGGCGUCAACCCAAGUCAGCUGAAGAACUCGAAGCCGAGGCUAGGCUUAUAUGGAUUGGCCGUUACAGAGUGGUGGUCAAAAGCAUGUUUGGCACAUGGGAAAAUGUCCGUCAUGAGAUCAAUCGCCGACGAAUGCAGGAAUGGGAAGCGGAGGAACAGCGCCGAGUCAAAGCCGCGCUUCAGCAGGCAGUCAACUUGUCAGAGCAGAAGUUACAGGCACGGCGUGCACAAGCCGAUUCCGACCUCUCCGAUGAGGAUGAACUCGAUGACGACGAAGACCUCGACGGCCUUGAUAGCGAUUUGGAUGGCAGUCAAGCCAUGUCGGUGGAUGCGGACGAUGACGAUUCGGGCAAUGAGAACGACGACGAUAUGUCAUCUUCAGAAGAAGAAGAAGGGGGCGAAGAUCACACUGGGGACGCUAGUGAUGAAAUGCUCACGCAAGAGCAACUAAUCGAAAAAUACUCAAACCUGCCGGACUUGUCUCCUGACGAGCAGACUGGGAGCAUGCUCGCCAACGGUAUGGAGUCAACCGCACAAUCCACGGCAGUCGCUACCGAUGCUGGUGAAGACGAUACCAGCGAUGAGUCUAUCGACAUGGACGACGACAUGGGGUCCACAGAUAUGGAUGACAGCGACGAAGGCUCUGAAGCAGUCGAAGAAUCUGAGGAUGACGAAGGCGAAGAGCCUGCAGGACUGCUGGGGAUGCUGUUUGGGAAGUCCGAACUGCAGAAGAUCAAGAAUGAACCACCACCCGACGAUGUUCAGGUUAACGAUAGCGAUACUCCACCUGCAACAACGUCCGCGCCGUCACCAAAUGCCGAGGCCUCUUCUAACUUUAGAGACGAGGUGGUCGAAGACGAGGACGAGGUGUCACUGAUCCAGCACCCGGGUGUUUUCAUGAACAGCGAUGAGAUGGAAAUUGACGAUUCGGCACAAGCGCGAGUGGUUGUAUCUGCGGCUGAGGCUACGAGCGAUGUGGUUAAGAGAGCCGAUGAAGUUAUUUCCGAGCAGACAGAUGUAUCACCAUCACCGCCGAAAGUAAACCAAGAAUCGGAAAAUGGUACGGACGAGAACAAGCCUCCAGCCGAGACGAUGAAACUGCCCAGUGCUGCCGAUAUAACGGACGCACAAAUCGUCGCCGAGGACGUUGAAAUGGCAGAUGCGCCGCCAAAGUCGGCGGACAUUCCGAAUUCUGCUCUGGCAUCCGCUGCACCUGCAAUUCCGGCAAAGCACACCACUCCCGAUACAGACAUUGUCACCGUUCCGCCGAGUCCCGAGCAAAGUCACUCACCACCUACUUCUGACACGAAACCCUCGGAGGUGGACACAAUGUCCCUAGCGACACCAGGGGUGAAGGACCUUGUCAGUCGAUCAGCCUCGCCACACCAACAACAAGAACAAAAGACGGAAAUUCCGUUUCUUCUUCGUGGAACUCUCCGAGAAUACCAACACGACGGCUUGGACUGGCUCGCCGGAUUGUACGCCAACAAUACCAACGGUAUUCUCGCAGAUGAGAUGGGCCUUGGCAAAACGAUACAGACCAUUUCGCUUCUCGCCCACCUCGCGUGCCAUCACGAAGUAUGGGGCCCGCAUCUUGUCAUCGUGCCAACGAGUGUGAUGCUGAACUGGGAGAUGGAGUUCAAAAAGUGGUGUCCGGGCUUCAAGAUCCUAUCCUAUUAUGGAACGCAAGAAGAGAGAAGACGGAAGCGACAAGGCUGGAACAACGACGAUGUGUGGAAUGUAUGCAUCACAUCGUACCAACUCGUCAUCCAAGACCAGCAAGUCUUCAAGCGGCGACGGUGGCAUUACAUGAUUCUUGACGAAGCUCACAACAUCAAGAACUUCAAAUCACAGCGCUGGCAGACCCUACUUGGAUUCAAUACCCACUCCCGCCUUCUUCUGACCGGCACUCCACUUCAAAAUAACCUUACGGAGCUAUGGUCGCUUUUGUUUUUCUUGAUGCCCGCCGAAAAUGGCGUCGGGGGUUUCGCAGACCUACAAGAAUUCCACGACUGGUUCCACAAGCCCGAGUCCCAGAUCCUGGAAAACGGCCGCGAGACGAUGGAUGAGGAAGCCCGUGCCAUCAUCUCCAAGCUGCACAAGGUUCUGAGACCGUACCUUCUCCGACGACUCAAGGCAGACGUCGAGAAGCAGAUGCCAGCCAAGUACGAGCACGUAGAAUUUUGCCGCCUGUCGAAACGCCAGCGCGAGCUUUACGAUGGCUUUUUGGCCCGGACCGAAACUCGCGAGACUCUCUCCUCCGGUAAUUAUCUUUCCAUCAUCAACUGUCUCAUGCAGUUGCGGAAGGUCUGCAACCACCCUGACCUGUUUGUCGAUCGCCCAAUCAUGACAUCUUUUAGGAUGCAGAAGUCUGUUCCCGCAGAGUAUCAAGUCACCGACCAAUUCCUACAGCGGUCUUUGCUUGCAGUAGAGCCAAUGUCUAUGGUUAGCCUAGGGGUUCUCAACAUGAUUCCAACACAGCAUGAGAACAUGUCAAACACAACGGCAGAGCGAAUCUCACAGCUCAGUUUGCAUAGGGUGCUCAUGGAGCUGCGGGAGGCUCAGAACACCAGGGCACACCUCGCCCGAACAAAUCUUGAUCCAUCGACUGUCCAAUCUAACAUCAUGUACCUGGACAGUCUUGCUCGAUGGCGUCGUUUUGAGGAGCUACAGCACAGCGUCUACUUGAACGCACUUCGUGGUCAACGACGACCGAUCUACGGCAAGCGGCUGAUUGACUUUCUGACGCUUGGGCUGGAUAUUCGACCCCGAAAGCCCAAGCCAAGAGUCCCCAAUCAAAUACUGAACUGGUUUGCACAAGAUUCCGACUUCCUUCGCGCCGUUAUCCAUACUGCGGAUGAACGAGCCGACUCAAUGCAAACAACCAUCCAGAAGUUUGCAUGCGUCACCCCGGCUGUCAUCACCCGCGACAUGAACGAGGUCAUUUUGGGUAGAAAGGCUGCACAGGCCUUCACGGACGAAGACCUCAAGUUGUCUGCGCCAGUUCGAUGGGCCCCGUUCAUGCCCAAGCAGGCGCCCAUUGACCCCUGGCAUGAGUCUCGCAUGCGUCUCAGCAUCCAGUUCCCCGAUAAGAGACUGCUGCAGUACGACUGUGGAAAGCUUCAAGCCUUAGACAAGCUCCUUCGCAAGCUGCAGGCUGGCGGUCAUCGCGCCUUGAUCUUCACGCAGAUGACCAAGGUGUUGGACAUUUUGGAGCAGUUCCUCAACAUCCACGGGCACAAGUACCUCCGUCUUGACGGCGCGACAAAGAUUGAGCAGCGGCAGAUUCUCACGGACCGAUUCAAUCAUGACCCGAGGAUUCUUUGCUUCAUCCUGUCGACGCGUUCAGGUGGUUUGGGAAUCAACCUCACCGGCGCGGACACAGUCAUCUUCUACGACCAAGAUUGGAAUCCAGCCAUGGACAAGCAAUGCCAGGAUCGAUGCCAUCGUAUCGGUCAAACCAGGGACGUGCAUAUCUACAGACUGGUCAGCGAGCAUACAAUCGAAGCCAACAUCCUGCGCAAGGCGUCACAAAAACAGAUGCUCGAUGACGUUGUCAUCCAAGAGGGUAGCUUUACCACGGACUACUUCAACAAGCUAUCGGUACGCGAUGUCCUCGGCACCGAAGGCAACGACCUGGUCGACGAUGCUGCCAAUGCUGCCAUGGACCGUCUCCUGGGUGGAGUCGACAGCGGGCCUUCGAGAAGCGUGGGCGAGGACCUCAAGCAGGCCGAAGAUCAGGAAGAUGUGGAAGCUGCCAAGGCCGCGGAGAAGGAACUCCAAGAAGACGACGCUGAGUUCCAAGAAAAGAGCGGGGCACCCUCAGGGGCUUCGAGCACCCGACAAGGCACACCGCGGGAUGACUUUACCGCCCAGUCGAGCGGGCCCGGUCCCUCGGGUCUGGGCCGGUUCUCAGAGUCUGCUGCGCCUGACGAGGCUGCGGCGGAGAUCGAACAUAACGCUUGGGGCGAGCGGAUGUACAACAUUGACGAGUACAUGCUCCGGACAAUGGCGGAACAACUCAAGGGCACGGCGCUCGAUCUGCCCAAGGACAAGAAGAAAAGUAAGAAGAAGGGUCGAGACACACGCAAGCGGUAG